AAUAAUAUCAAAACACUGUAAUCGCGUAUGUUCGUGGUGCGGUCGGUGAUUUUUUUUUCUCUCAUUAUUAUCGCAACAACAACACGGUCGAACAAUAACAAAUCGCGAAAAUACAUGUUAUAUUGUGUGCGCCCGUGAGACGUGAGUCACGUCCAUUCGCAAGUGUCUACUGUUCGUGCGUGUGUGUGGAUGUGCCACCAAUCGAUUGAAAACGCAACGUCUGUGCCGGAAUUUUGAUAUUUUCAUCGAUUGCCAACAAGUGAUUUUUGGGAAAAUAUUCGACCGCCACUUCAAGGUCGUCGACAAUGGGAUUUUCGCACGACAUUCUGUAAAUGGUGUCAAUCUUACAAUGACCGUGGCAAAAUGGAUAUUGCGGACAUUAAGGUUAGGGUCCUUUACGAUUUUGAGUACAAGACUAGAGAAAAUAAGUGUGUUUCCAUUAAAGAAGGAGAAAAAUUACUGUUACUAAAAAAAACCAAUGAUGAUUGGUGGCAAGUUAUACGUAGCUCGGGACGACCGUUCUAUGUUCCGGCUACGUUCGUUAAAGAAAUACCACGUGCACCUAGUCGGCCUAGUUUGGCCAAGAGCGAGGAGAAGAGCAAAUUUGAAAAACCUCAAGUACUGAAACGGACAAUUUUUGAAAAGCCUUCAACUCCUUCCUACGAAAACAUUCCAAUAGAAAACACAACUGUAGUCAAUGUCAACGAGCCUGUGGAAUAUGAAAAUCUUGUUGAUGACGUGAUUAGCAAUAUUAAACGUGUAGAUAUUCAAAAUGAAAAUAAUAUACUAUCUCCGGUUUUAAGUAAAAAGAACAAAACAGUUGUUACACUUAACCAAGAAAAUUCUGGCUAUUGUCAAGUAAAUAUUAAAAAAUGUGAUACUAAACAGCAGCUUUCUUUACAACUGUCUAGCUCGUUAGAGGAACUUGCCCAAGAAAUUGAAUUGAAGUCAAUGCCUCUAAAUAAAAAUACAUUGGGUCAAGAUUCAUUAAAUGCUGAUAAUUAUUCUAAGGUACACAAUUUACUUGAAAACAUUCGCAAGCCGUCCACUGUAUCUACUAAGAAUUUGACUGAUAUUGAAAAACCUGACCCCGGCAAUCAUGAUCUGUUAGCCAAAAAUAAACUUUGCUAUACUGGCAGCUUUAAAACGAAACAUGAACGUGAUAAAUGGGCCAAAAACAUCAUGACCAAUGGUAACAAUAUUGAUGAAAGUAAACCAGACGACGAAGAAUCAAUGACAAUGAUGAGUGAUUCUAUUAUGUCAAAGUCAACAUCGACACAUGAUGCUCAUAGCACUAGUGCAGAUCUCACUGGUGGAUCAACAGACAGUCUUUUAGAUGGUGAUUCGCUGGGUGUAACCGACAGUGAUCAAGAUUCAUUACGGAUACAUGGGUCCAAGAAACGAACUUCGUUGGCUAGAAAUCGUAGAGUCGACUCCUAUGCGAAACGUUACCCGGUGCGAAACAUUUCUCCGCCCGUGCCCGACGCCAACGCCGUGCACGGUCAGGGUGAGCACAUGUUUGGCUCCUGGUACAAGUAUUCCACCGACGACAGCAAUCGACCAUUCUACUACAACGCCAAGACCUGCGAACGCACUUGGUCGUCGCCCAAACGACGUUGCGUCGUCGACGAGGACAAGGGAAGCAUCAGCCGCCACAGUAGCGUGGGCGUCAUUAAUUCAGGCAGUCAGAGUUCUUCGCCACUGGCCGAACUCAACGAAGAGUACGAACCCAACGACAGCAACUUCACGCCCGCGCCUAAAGAGAAGAAACCCAUCGGCGACACGCCAGCCGGAUGGAUAAUGCAAGCCGACCCAUCGUCUGGACUGCCGUGCUUCGUUAAUCGGUCGACCGGAGCUAAGUGGUUCACAUCGAAAGACUUUGAAGGCAGGUCGUAUUACUUCGAAGAGAAUAGCAAUGAGUCCUCGUGGAAUUUGCCCGAAGCUGGUGGUGGUGGCGGCGGUGACAAUAGUAGUGCGACCACCAAUGACCAAAGUCCUACUACACCUACAGCUAAAGCGGACUUGGAGGACUCGUCGUCGUCAUUACGGUCAAACAAAAGCAGUCACGAAAAAAAAGAUGACGAAUCGAAAAGUCCCACAUCAACGCCUCAUGCCAACGUCUCUCGAAAUUGGCCUCAACUCUGGGGCGGCCAUAUGUGCGUUCUAAAAGAAGGCCCAUUGAAUCGAACAAAAAUGACUGAAAACGGCAAACGCCUCAGAAAAAAUUGGACAACAUCACAUGUUAUACUUACCGAACUAUUUUUGUUGUUUUUCAAAGAUGCCAAAUCGUUUUUAGCGAUGAAAAAUGGCAACGGAAGACCGGAACUCUCCGUUGAUCUAAAUGGUGCUUUAGUUUACCCAGCUGACAAGGUAUCCAGUCGCAAAAAUGUGUAUGUUAUCAGCACAGUACUCGGGACACAAGUGUUGUUUCAGGACGAAUGCAACGUUCAAGCUCAAUCUUGGGUCAGCGCUAUACAAGCAGCCAUAUCGAAUCUACCGAGUAGUUUUGACACAUAUCCACGGAUGCCCAACGCUCGAUCCAAAGACUCACCGGAUACUGAAAAGGGCAAUACCAAACUCAGUAGAAAUAAAUCCCUAAAAUUGAAACUCAAGGAUGGAGGAAGCAUUGAAGACCUAACAUCAAACAAUAUGGAACGUCAAACUAAAAUAAAAGCUCGUUUACGCAAAUUUUUCCAUCGACGGCCUACAAUGGAGUCUUUGGUUAAAAAAGGAAUAUGGAAAGAUGAGGCUGCUUUCGGGUGUUUUUUAGAACAAGUAGUCGGUACCGAACAUCCCCGUGUUCCAGCUUUUGUGCAGCGAUGUAUAACUGUUAUUGAAAGUAGCGAAGAAAACUUGAAGACUGACGGAUUGUACCGUGCAUCGGGUAACCUGUCACAAGUACAAAAGAUACGACUACAAGUUGAUCAAAAUAAUUUGUCGGUCAUUGACCAAGAAGAGGAUGUACACGUACUAACGGGUGCUCUAAAAUUAUUCUUCAGAGAACUCAAAGAACCAUUAAUACCUUAUCACUCUUUCCGUAAAGCAAUUUCUGCUGGAAUAAGUCAUAGUCGGAAAGACAAGUUGUUGCAUUUUCGUGACAUAACAAAAUCGUUACCAGCACCAAACUAUGAUACCCUAAAAUUCCUAUUAAAACACUUAUUGAAGGUGACCAGUUACAAAGAGUUUAAUCGCAUGCAAAUACCGAAUUUAGCUAUUGUUUUCGGGCCAACUCUCAUGUGGCCAGAAACAGAGUCUACCAACAUGGCCAUCGACUUGAUGCAACAAAACAUGGUGAUCGAGGCACUGUUGGUUGAUUUUGAUAACAUUUUUAGAUGAAAAUAGGAAUCCAUACAUUUAGUUUAUAAUAGUGUUCUGUUAGUGAAACCAUACAUUCCAAAAAAUUUACUCUCAUGUUAAUUUUAAAAUUUUCUUAUUAAUACCUAAGACUGACAAAUAUAAUUGACAUUUAGUGCAGGAUAAUAAUUGUUGGAUAUUAAUAAUACUUUAUUUUUUUAGAAAGUUAUUAAAGAAGUUAACCAGUUUUUAAUUAUAUACAUUUACCGCUUACAUAUUAUUAUGACAUACUACUAUUAUGGGCGAGGUAUUAUGUAUGUAUUUUUAACUAAGAAUCACGUACCUAUGACAGAGUAAUUUUAUUAUUAUUAUUACGUAUUUUAUUUGUGUAUAGUUACAUUCAAAUUGUAACACUGAUACAAUUACAAUAUUUAUUUUCAUUCUCACCAUUUUUAUCCUAUUAGUUGUUUUUUUUUUUUUAAUGUAAUUACCCAUAGAUAAGAUUAUUUUUGUUACUGUUUCUUUUUGAUUUAGUUUUAUUUUAGAUAUUAUUCUUAUUAGAAAUUUAUUUUUCUGUGAAUAUUUUAUAUAUAAAUGGUUAUUUUUGACUUAAAUAUGCACAUAUUAUCAGCGAUUUUUAAUCGCAUCAAAU